CGGCCGCGGGGAGUGGCGCUGGGAUUUGGGAGCGGAGGGAUCGGCGUGGCGGGACGCAGAGUCUGGCAGGGCUCGGUGGGAAGGAGUUCUGAAUACGAAGCAAACCAAGAAUUCGGAAUAUGAACGGAAAAUGAGACAGCUGAGGUCAUGGGGCGAAAUUACUGGCUGAAAGAGGAACCAAUAAUGCCAGCACUGAACUGGAAGCCCUUUAUCUACGGAGGUUUAGCAUCGAUCACAGCAGAAUGUGGUACUUUCCCGAUUGAUCUGACCAAAACACGUCUCCAGGUUCAAGGUCAAGUUAAUGAUGCCAAAUAUAAAGAGAUCCGCUACCGUGGAAUGGUGCAUGCACUCAUCAGAAUAUGCAAAGAAGAAGGAUUGAAAGCCUUAUACUCUGGGAUUGCACCUGCWAUGCUACGGCAAGCUUCAUAUGGAACUAUAAAAAUAGGCACUUACCAGAGCUUAAAAAGAAUAUUUGUUGAGCGUCCAGAAGAUGAAACCCUGAUGAUGAAUGUUCUGUGUGGCGUUCUUUCGGGAGUAAUCUCGUCAUCUAUUGCCAACCCUACAGAUGUCUUAAAGAUCAGAAUGCAAGCCCAAGGUAGUGUGAUUCAAGGAGGAAUGAUGGGAAACUUCAUACAGAUCUACCAAAAGGAAGGCACUAAAGGAUUAUGGAAGGCAAUAUCACUGACAGCACAGAGAGCUGCAAUUGUUGUUGGAGUGGAAUUGCCAAUGUAUGACCUUACCAAGAAACACCUAAUUAUGUCUGGAUUUAUGGGGGAUACAGUAUAUACUCACUUCCUUUCCAGUUUUGCCUGUGGGUUAGCUGGAGCUCUUGCAUCCAACCCAGUUGAUGUUGUGAGGACACGCAUGAUGAAUCAGAAAAGCCAGCAACAUGGGGGACACUCAGCYUACAAGGGCACUUUGGAUUGCUUGGUACAGACAUGGAAGAAUGAAGGCUUUUUUGCCCUGUAUAAAGGUUUUUGGCCAAACUGGUUAAGACUUGGUCCUUGGAAUAUCAUUUUCUUUCUGACAUAUGAACAGCUGAAGAAGCUGGAUGCCUGACAUGCUGAGCUGUGUACAGAAUUCUGUUAAUGUACUGASUUUAGAGCAAAGUGGAAGUUGUCUUGAGUGUUUGCUCUUUAUUGUCCGAGCUGCUGGCCAAAGGAAGAUGUUACUGCAAGACUGAGUGAGAAGAGCCUGGAAGUGAUUUCAAGGCAAACUGGCUUCUGUGACCAUGGCUUGUGCAUGUGAUUCAGUGCAUGAUGUGCACUGUCUUCCAGACUGAACUGAGCAUGGUGGAAUACCUUCUGUCAACURUUUCAAUGCUCUUGAAUGUAAAGAUCUCUCAUGCAACUUUGUGCAUCUGAGUCUCAAAGCAGAGUGUUUUGAGUCAAAGAACAGUUUAUUUCUUCUGUAUUUCUGUAGAUUUCCAUAAAGGAAGGAAAGGAAAAGGAUUUCUGUAAAGGAGAAAAGUAUUUCUGUAAGGAAGAUAAGCAGAACCAAGGAGCUGGGCUUUUCCUGAUUUCAGAAGUAUAUACAAUUUGAGGGUAAUAGCUUAGAGCUUCCAGUUAACUGGAAGUGUCACAAGACAUCRUUGCUGGCUUUCAAGUUGGCAGUAUAAAAUCUGCUUCUGGUUUUGAAGCUUUCCUGUGUUUUAAGUUCUGAGAUGUCUGCAUAAUUUGCUGGGAGUAAUCCAGCUUCAUUAGCAAGUGUGGUUGCUACAGUUGACAGUUUUGCRUAGCUUGAAGAAAUUUGUGGGUUUUUUUCCAAUGUAUCAUUCUUGCUGUUCAGCAUAAGUGGUUCUUCAACACAUUCAUAUGUAAAUUGCAAGUAGGAAUGAAGUUCAAACAAGUUCAUACCCAUCGGCUGAUCUUGCAGAGCAACUUUCCAUGCCUCUCCCAUCACUGGGAAGAACUACUGGUUACUGGCUGGUUUAGGUGUCAUCUUGAGGUGCAAGUUUUACACUGAGCAGUCAGGCUCUGUCAUGCAGGUGCCUGUGACAAGAACCAAACCCUCCAAAAGUGAAUCUACUACAAAGACUGCUUUCCUUCUUGAAACAGACACCCAAAUCCAGAACUAGUGAAYACUUUCAUAUACCAAAGAGGCUUAAGUUGCUGUUACGCACAAGGAAACACUUGACGUGGAAAUCAACCACAGCCUUCUAUAAAACACUACCUUUAGGCUUAAAGGUUUAUYAAAACUUCAGGGCCAUUAACUAAACAGUUACAGCAGGCUGCUUCUUAAAUGCUGCUGUUAAAUUCUGGGAAAAAGCAAUGUGUGAGAUGCAAGUCCAUGGGAUGGAUCUGUGUUUAGAGAGGUCAGCAAAGCAGGAUGCAUAGCUUUGUAUUUUUGUGGUAUUGUGUUAAUAUUUUACACGUUUUUCACAGAAUCAUGCAUUCCACUUAAAGAAAUUUYGUUGCGAUUUCAAAAUUACUGUAAUAAAUUAAAACUACUAAUUUUGAAUUCACAAAUGGGUUUUUUAAUGCACAAGGCACUUUCUUUCCUAAAGGACAAUGUUUUCUAUAUWUAGGGGCACGCUGAGGUGCAGUGUUUCCCCUUAAAAUUGUUUCUGUGCUUUAAUAAAAACAAUUGUAAAUAUUUUUGUAUGCUGUGUAAGCAAAGUGUAUGUUUUACAUUUUUAAGCCUAUUAAAAGUAUUAAAAUGUAAGGUG